UGGGCAGAGGUGGGCGGAGGUGCGCGGAGGUGGGUGGAGUCGGGCGGAGGUGACCGGAGCGACGAUGGCCGGAGCGGAGGUGAGCGGGCGUAGAGGAGGUGGCCGCGUGGACCGCAAAUGGGCCGAGGUGGGCGGAGGUGGGCGGAGGUGGGCAGGUGCAGCGAAGGUGGGUGAAGGUGGGCGGAGGUGGGCAGAAUCGGGUGGAGCGGAUCGGGAUCGGGAUUGGGAAGCGGAAGCGGAGGUGGCGAAUUUGCCACGUGGUGAACUUCCGACGUGGCGAUCUUGGCACGUGAGAGGGGGAGGUGGCGAACUUGCCACGUGGCGAUCUUGUUACCUGGGAGGGGGAGGUGGCGAGCUUGCUGCGUGGCGAACUUGCCACGUGGUGGGAAGCGGAAGCCGAGGGGGAGGUGGGCGAAGGUGGGCGGAGGUCGGUAGGUGGAGCGAAGGUGGGCGGAGAUGGGCGAAGGUGGGCGGAGAUGGGUGGAGGCGGGUGGAGGGGAUCGGGAUCGGGAUCGGGAAGCGGAAGCGGAGGUGGCGAACUUGCCACGUGGCAUUCUUGGCACGUGGGAGGUGGAGGUGGCUGGAGGUCAGUGGAGCAGACGAAGAGGGAGGGGUGAGCGCCGGAGGUGGGCGGAAGGCCCCCGUCCUUUUUGGGAGGGGUGAACGCCGAAGGUGGGCGGAGGAGCGGCGGAGGUGGGCGAAGGGGAUCGGGAUCGGGAUCGGGAAGCGGAAGCGGAGGUGGCGAACUUGCCACGUGGGAGGGGGAGGUGGCGAACUUGCCAUGUGGCGGUCUUGUCACGUGGGAGGGGGAGGUGGCGAGGUUGCCGCGUGGCGAACUUGCCACGUGAUGGGAAGCGGAAGCCGAGGCGGAAGCGGAAGCCGAGGCGGAAGUGGAAGCUGGAGCGGAGGCUGAAGCAGAAGCGGAAGAAGAAGCGCAGGGGAGGCGGAAGCGGAAGCGG